GGCAAGAUGAGUAUUAAAUAGGUUAAUCAGUCUAUGUCUGUAGUUCCACAUACUGUGGAAUUGUGACAUUUGGCCAGUGGCUUUUUCCUGCUAAACCAAGUUAAGGUAGAAUUGAAUUCCAGGUAAUUAAGUAUUAGUCAUGCUGUUGUUUGAUAAUGCUUAUUAGAAAUAUUUCAUGGUGCAGGCUAAUGGUGCUUUGUCUCAAAUAAGUACUUUGUAGUGCUGAUAAGGGAAGCCUGUGUUUGAAAAUAAGUGGCUAUUAUCAAAUAGAGGUUUUGGUUGGAAAAAUAAUAUAAUGAUCAUGUGUCAGUAUUCACUUUCCAUGAGACAUAAAUCAAAUUAACUAGUUCAUAGGACAGUGAAAGAAUUAGAUUUUGUUCUGUGUUGUGCAUGUAACUGAGGCCGAGAUUUUAGAAAUAAUUCACUCAUUUUGUGUGGAUUUGUAAUUUUGUCCCAGUUUUCCUGAUAUGUAGAGUAUAAAUUUUCAAAGGUACCAAAUAUUCACAGAUGUAGUCAGAUUUAGCUAAUUCAGACUUGGUCUGCUAAUCACUUAAUACUGUGUUCAGUAAUUGCUCACAUCUUGGAUAUUAGUCCUAAAUUAGGAUUUUUUUCUAUUGUAGAAAGCAAAAUUGCAAUCCCGUUGUUGGGUGGGGGACCACAUUUUGUGUAUUUCUCUGGAAGUUCUUCCUGAGCCUGUGAAACAGCACCUCUAUAGGUGCCCUGGAGUCUCUUUUACUGUGACCAUGCUACACUGUUUACCUUUAAAGGGCAGGGCUUUCAGACCUGCAGUGCUCUUCAGACUGAAAUCCUGAGACCUGGAAGCUGAGGGAUUUCAUUGGAGAGUAAGGGCUGGUGCCUCUGUUCUCUCAGCUGGGAUACUUUCUUGUGGGCACUUACCCUGAAAAAGUGUUCUUGCUAAGGGCUGUGGAAGAAACAGAAAAAAACACUCGAGUUUCAAAAGGGUAAAUUCUCUGUUUAGGUUACAAGGUAUCCAAGGCAACAAAGCAGAAAAUACAGUUAUCUCACCAAUUUGGGCUCAUUAACUGUUUCUCUACAGCUCCAGUGAAGUUUCUUUUUUCUGAGACUUAGAUGUUUCUUGUUUUCCUCUUGUCAGAAAUGAAGAAGCAUUAUUACUCACCUGUGUGUCUGUGCCCGUGUUCCUGGAAACGUCCUGUAAACUUGUUCUGGGAUAGUAAAUUGCCCUUGGUUCUUGGGGAUUACAAUGAACCAUAUUAAAGGAAUUUUGUGCUGACAAAAAGCCCAAGGUGAUCCUUUGAGUAGCCCAAGCUGUUUUCAUCUGAGAGAGGAAAACUUGAGCCAUUGUCUUAUGCUGGUACUGCAAUGCUGAGUUCUAGCUCAACUGCUGUGAAAAAUCUCCCUCUGAAGAGGAGGCUCUGUUUUCUGCUGAAACUUUUGUGCUUUGUCAGCUCAGUGCUAAUAUUUUGUGAAUUUUUAAUUUACUAUGUGGUAAUACUUCAAUGCCGAUGGCCAAAUGUGAAAGGCGGAGCUCACAUGACUGAAAAAGAGACUUCAGCUUCAGUCCUAAAGGCUAUAAUUUUAGCUGAUACACACCUACUUGGUGAAAUCAAAGGACAUUGGCUGGAUAAGCUAAGAAGGGAAUGGCAAAUGGAGAGAUCUUUCCAAACUGCCUUAUGGUUACUGCAGCCAGAUAUUGUUUUUAUUCUGGGAGAUGUUUUUGAUGAAGGAAAAUGGAGCUCACCUCAGGCCUGGGCAGAUGAUGUCAGGAGGUUCUGGAAAAUGUUCAGGCAUUCAGCUUUUACAGAGCUGGUGGUCAUCGCUGGGAAUCAUGACAUCGGAUUUCAUUACGAAAUGACUACUUACAAAGUAAAUAGAUUUGAAAAGGUUUUCAACUUUACUUCAGGAAAGCUGAUAACUCGGAAAGGAAUAAACUUUGUCCUAGUGAACAGUGUAGCCAUGGAGGGUGAUGGCUGUGCUGUCUGCCGUACCUCAGAGGCAAAACUUGUGGCACUUUCUCACAAACUGAAUUGCUCCCAGCAGAAACCAAGUCAUUCCAACAAAAGAUGCAGUGAUGUGGAAAAGCUUCCAGUUUCAGAACCCAUCCUUUUACAGCAUUACCCUCUAUAUCGGAAAAGUGAUGCUGAAUGCACUGGAGAAGAUUCUGCUCCUCCAGAGGAGAAAAACAUCCCCUUUAAAGAAAAGUAUGAUGUACUGUCUCAAGAGGCAUCACAAAAGCUGCUAUGGUGGUUUCAGCCCCGUUUGAUUCUCAGUGGGCACACUCAUAGUGCUUGUGAAGUGCUGCACGCAGGGAAAAUUCCAGAAAUCAGUGUCCCGUCAUUCAGUUGGAGGAAUAGAAACAACCCUAGUUUCAUCAUGGGCAGCAUAACAACAACUGAAUUCUCCCUCCAAAAAUGCUUCCUUCCAUUUGAGAGCAGAGUCUUCACUAUCUACUGUGCAGCAGGUGCUCUGCUUGUGAUCCUGGUACUAGCUCAUGUUCAGCUUCUCACUCCACCAUUUUAUUUUGCUCAGCGUUUAAUCAGUAAGCAUAAAGCAGUAUGAAGAGCCAGACAUCUGCAUUCAGUCACUGAAAUACCAAAGCUGAGAACAGUCAAACAUCAGACUAUAUUCAUGCCAGCAAAUGACCUAAUUUGAUUGCUAGUCUGAAGGCAGGUUGCAUUUACACAUACCAUAGAAGUCCUAUACAGCUGAUAUGACUACUACAGGAUAAAUAAUUAACUGAAAUGAACGUUUCAUGCUGUACAAAAAUACUGUAUUCGACAAUCAAAUGAGUCCUUUUCCUGCUAUAAUUUUUGUAUCAAAUAUGUAUAUUAAAAGUGUAACUGUACAUUA